AUGCCGUACCACACAGGCUCACGUGGGAAAGUGUCCGGAUUGGCCAGGAGGCAUGGGAGCAAGGGGAGAGUGUGGGCAGCCGUCUUCAUUGUGGUUUCCGUGGUGAGAAGGCUUAAGAUGGCAAGACCUCUGAAGAUGUUAUCUGGCAUAGCCAACACCAGCAGUCUCCCUGAUAAUGGUAAUUCCUGCCUCACACAACUCCUACCCCAUGCAGCCAGCCUGACGCUAUCUCUGUUCUACACAGCCCUCCUGGUCUUCAGUGCCCUAGAAAACAUCCUUGCCCUUUGCCUUGCCUGUCAAAAGGGCAAGAAGAUCAAUUCUACAAAUGUCUACUUGGUCCACCUGGCUGUGGUGGACCUGUUUACCUUGGCCUUGCCUGGAAAGAUCUCCUAUUAUGUAUUAGACUUCAGUUGACCAUUUGGAGAUGGCAUCUACAGACUGAUGCCCUUCAUGAUGUACGUGAACACCUACGGAGGGAUCUAUCUGAUGACCUGUGCGAGUGUGGACCGGUAUCUGGCAGUAGUCUGUGCCCACCAGUGCCUGCAUCUCUGCAGUAUUGGCCAAGCUAGGCUCAUUUGCAUGGCUGUCUGGAUCUUGGCAUUUCUGCAGACAAGGGCUUUCACACUGGCCCUUCAGGUCACCAUGUCCCUCAUGAACUUGAACUGUGGUAUUGACCAGGUCAUUUACUUCUUGUCCUCUACCCGUUACAGGAAAUGGCUUCUGGGCAUUUUAAAACUCAGAGCAUCCUCCUCUGCCUCCUGCUCCUCCCUCUUGGGAAAAGAUUCCUCAGAAACUCCAAGCAGCAACUACAUGGGAGGCUCUGCAUCCUUCGCAGACAACAAAGUCUAA